CGGCCUGCUCUUCAUUUCACCAGAUCCCGCAUCGCGUCAGUGACUAGGGCGAGAUGAGCAGCCGCCGCCACCGCUCGCCGUCGGCGGCGCCGCUGGAUGACGAAAACCUACUCCCCGAGAUCCUCCUCCGCCUCCCGCCGCAGCCCUCCUCCCUCCCCCGCGCCUCACUCGUCUGCAAGCGCUGGCGCGGCCUCGUCUCCGACCCCGGCUUCCUCCGCCGCUUCCGGAUCCACCACCGCCGCAGCCCUCCCCUCCUCGGUUGCUUCGUCGAAGAACCUCACGGUAUCUCCUUCCUGCCUGCUCUCGAGGCCCCCAACCGUCUUCCUGCCUGCCGCCUCUCUUUCCAGUCCGGCUACAAUAACCGCUUUAAGCUACUCAACUGCCGCCAUGGCCUCGUGCUCAUCGCCGACAAGACGCGGCACCACCAAUUCCUCGUGUGGGACACCAUCACCGGCGACCAGUACCACCUAGCCGUCCCCGCGCUGUUCGACACGGAAGAGGUGGUGCUGGUCAACGGGGCGAUGCUUCGUGCUGCGGGAGACACCCAUCACUUCCAGGUGGUCUGUGUAGCAACACGCAGACUCGAUCUGCAUCGUCGACAAGCAGCGCUCGCCUGCGUUUACUCGUCGGAGACCGGCGCUUGGGGUAACCUCAUCUCGACGCCCAUUCAGUCCGACCUCGACUCCCAGUCAAGCCUUCAUCUCUACUUAUUCGGCAUCACAAUUAUGGAAGCGCCCGCAAUGCUUCUCGGGGACUCUCUUUACUGGACUCUUACUGAUGAUUCAUCAAGCAUCCUUGAAUUUGAUCUUCUGAGGCAGAGUCUGGCUGUAAUGCGGAUGCCCAAGGAUGUGUAUAAGUAUGAAGGUCACAUCACGGUUAUAAGGGCAGAUAGUGGUGGGCUGGGUUUCCUCAUGCUGACAGACUUCACCCUGCAAUUAUGGAAGCGGAAGAUUGAUUGCGAUGGUGUUGCCUCAUGGGGGCUGGAAAAAACUGUUGAACUGGACAAGCUACUUUCCCUUAAUCCAGAGAAGGGCAGCAUUAUGAUACUUGGGUUUGCUGAGGAAAACAAGAUGGUGUUCCUGGGGACAUUUAUCGGCCUCUUUGCACUCCAGCUUCACUCAUUGCAGUUCAAAAAGCUAUCCGAAAGGACCGAAACCAAAAGCAUAUCUCAUUGCCAUCCAAUUGAAAGUGUGUAUACUGCAGAAACAGAUGUUGGUGGUGAACAUGGUCGAGCUGAACUUUUGAACAAUGCAUAAGGUGACUGGCUGAUCAGAUACACUAUCAUGAUAUAUUGGUUGAUCAGGUACCUGAAGUAGCCGUUUUGGUGGCUGAGAUGCAGAAACGGCUUGUUUGCUGUAGGUUCUAUGCACCAUGUACUGAUCAGCGCUGUAGUUGUCUUGUAGGAAUUAAUUUCAACAUUUUGUUUGCUCAUGACUAUAAUGUAAUUUGAAAAUUGUGUUAAUUCACGCAUGCCAUGUAUUUUCUGUAAAAGCUAGUCAAUUGGCACGAAGACGUAGUGACUUUCUUGGAUUAAUUAGAUCCAUGAUGUCUCAUGUGUGUGUGAGCUGAAUUUUUAUCUGCUUCUCACAGUGUCAGUAAUGAAUGUUCAGUUAUUCUGC